AGAAGAGGAAGAAGAAGAAGAAGAAGAAGAAGAAGAAGACGACGACGAGGUCUGUUGCGUAGGCGAUCCAGGAACUGCACGAGCCAGAUCCUUGACAACUAUGUGGCCAGUUUCGUGCAGACGCACGCGCCAAGCGCCUUGUCCUUAAAGUCGAGUCUUUCGUCGAGACUCCUGCACGAUGACAAGGAAUCCGUGUCCGCCGUUGCCUACGUUAAGGGACGUGACAUAAACUUGAGAAGAUCACUUGAAAAGAACUCCAGACUGUGGCGCAACCCUGUGACCGCGACUUUCCCCUGGACACCUGGGACUCGCUAAGUGAGACGUGUCUUUCUAACUUUCUCGAGUUGCUUUAGCCGUCGCUCGCACGCUGCAGCGUCCAUGCAGCUUCUGCGUUUUACUUCGUCGUGUAUGUGCGCGUAACUCCAGAUGAAAGGCGGCUGGAUCUGCAGCGGGAGGGAGGGAUGGUGCCACGCAGUCAUGGCUCCGUGUUCUGCACUACCACCACGUAACCAUCAAUUUGCUGGCACUGACUUGCACUUCUGCAAGUAGGACAAUAUGCUAGAUUCUUAUUUGAAUAGGCUCGUCUUAUUAUAAUCGGAAUUAACAGAGAUCGACAUGAAGCUUAGGAAGUAUUUAAGGGGCAGUGGCAGGGUACUGGCGUUUGUUUUUAUUGCGUCCGUCAUUUGGCUCCUCUUUGACAUGGCAGCACUUAGGCUGUCGAUCAACGACGUUAACAGUCAACUUCUCAAAGAGCUCGUUGUCAAAGAGCGAGACCUCGCCAAAAGGCAGCGUACGCAGAAAACCAGUGUAAGCGACGGGGACUUCAAACACCCUCUUCAAAAGGUUGAGGGUCUGUUUCAGUCUAAAAUUUUCAGUUUCGAAAGAAAAGUUGCUGAUGUAUACCGAAAGCGACCAGGGGAAAUACCUGCUCAGCUUAGUGACCAAGCUAAAGCACAGCUAGAAAAAUACACCCAGGUGAAGACUAAAAUUGACAAUGAGACGUCAACUGUGACGAAACAACAGAAAACACUGGUUAAUGAAAGUAAGUCAAAAGUGCGUGUGAAUCUGAAGCCCUCUGCAAAAGAGCCGCCGUUCAACAGGUUUAACAAAGGAACUGACACGAGUAUCGGAAACGAACUGCUCCAAGUGACUCAACAGGCUGCAGAACAAGGACUUAAUGAAAAUAGUAAGAAAGUAACAGUUUCAGACACCAAGGCGCCACCUGCUGUCCAGGAAGAAAAGUUUCCCACAAGACUUUUAGAAAGGAAAAGUAUGAAAUUGCAGAGCAAUGCGACCAAAAACGAUACAACACUAGUGCAGGUCACUAAAUUACCAGUGGACGUUGCGAUUCAUGGAAAAUUCAGCAGCAAUAAUACAAAACCAGUAAAACAAGAAGCUCACCUAAAUAUUAGCAAAGCGGUAUACCCUGUCAAACCCGUACAAAGGGUUACUAAAGAAAUAGGCAGCAAAUUUUAUAUGAAUAGUAAGGACAAACAAUACACAGUCAGAAAUACCAGCCCAAGGUCAAUUACACACAUGGCACAAGUCUCCCCAAAGCCACUCCAGAUGGUGGAGGACCAAUUGAAUCAGUGGGGUGGUGAGCAGGUUCAGCUGCAAAACUCCACGGGUAGGAGGAGGGCUAGUGAGCGGCACAAGGUGAUGGCCCUGGACAUGACGAACAGGCCCAGAGACAUGCGUGCAGUGGGGCAGUUCGGGCAGGCCGCCGUGGUGCCCCCGGACAGGCAGGAGGAGAGCUGGAGCAGGUGGAGCGAGGGCUACUUCAACGUCUUCCUCAGCGAGCAGAUUCCUGUGGACAGAGCCAUUCCAGACACCAGACCCCCUGCCUGCGCAGAGAACCUGGUUCAUGAUGACCUGCCUAUGACCAGCGUGAUCUUCUGCUUCAUGGACGAGGUGUGGUCCACUCUGCUCCGCUCCGUCCACAGCGUGCUCAACAGAUCCCCCCCUCACCUACUCAAAGAGGUGCUGCUGGUGGAUGACUGCAGCACCAAAGACUACCUGAAGGAAAAGCUGGAAGCUUACAUGUCCCAGUUUCCUAAAGUCCGGAUCAUCCGUCUGAAAGAACGACAUGGGCUGAUCCGGGCAAGGCUGGCUGGUGCUGCAGUGGCAAAGGGAGAUGUGCUGACGUUCCUGGACUCCCACAUCGAGUGUAACGUGGGCUGGCUGGAGCCUCUGCUAGAGCAGGUCUACAUGGAGCGCAAGAGAGUAGCCUGCCCUGUCAUCGAGGUCAUCAGCGACAAGGACAUGAGUUAUGUGAUGGUGGACAAUUUCCAAAAAGGUAUUUUCAAAUGGCCUUUAGUUUUUGGCUGGAGCACUCUAUCACAGGAUGUCAUCAAAAAGAACAACAUGAAUGACUCCGACCCCAUCAGGUGUCCUGUGAUGGCAGGGGGCCUGUUCUCUAUAGAUAAGCAGUAUUUCUACGAGCUGGGAACAUAUGACCCAGGCCUGGAUGUGUGGGGUGGGGAGAACAUGGAGCUUUCUUUCAAGAUCUGGAUGUGCGGUGGCGAGAUUGAGAUCAUCCCAUGCUCACGCGUGGGCCACAUCUUCCGUGGUGAGAACCCCUACAAGUUCCCCAAGAACCGGCAGAAGACAGUGGAGCGCAACCUGGCACGAGUGGCCGAGGUCUGGCUGGAUGAGUACAAGGAGUUGUUCUAUGGCCAUGGCUACCUCCACCUGCUUGACAGGAACGGCAUGGACAUCGGGAACCUCACGGAGCAGAUCCAGCUGCGGAAGAAGCUUGGCUGUAAGAGCUUCAGCUGGUACCUGGAGAACAUCUACCCUGAGCUUGAGGCUCCCAUUGUCAAAGCUGAAGGCCCGGUUUUGAACAUGGGCAUAAGAAAGUGUCUGGUGCUGGAUAAAGGUUCCUUGUUUUUUGAGAUCUGUGAUCUUAAGAAACAGAACCAGCACUUCAACUACUCCUGGGUGAGGACAUUCCGCCAGGAUGCUUCCUGUGUAUCUCCACACAAAACAGGAACAGGCGUCGCAAUGGAACCAUGUGACAACACUAAGCCACACCUCCGAUGGUUGCACAAAUCCACCCAAGUUCUGACAGAUCAUUUGAUUGCUGAGGCGUCUCCACAGCAGGUGUGCCUGGAGGCAGAGCCUGAAGGAGGCGGGGUCUUCUUGAAGGCAUGCGAGGCAGCCAACCCAUUCCAGAAAUGGCAGUUCACACACUAUUAUGCCCAGUGAGCCAUGCGGCAGGGUAUUCACUUACCCUUCAGAAGGAAGUUGUUGAAGUAUUCGUGUUUUAGGUAAUGGAAAGAUGCAUGCAGAAUUGUGUUGUUUUGGUAAAAGGGACGGUAACAGGGGCUGUGCAAUGUUUUUGUUCAGUGCAGAUCAUUUGAUGGUGUUUUUUGCUCUGUGUAUUUUGGGGAGGUUUGGGAGCUAUGUUCUGGUAUGUCUGGUGCUAUAAACAUGGUUUAGGGCUUUGGGGCAGCAGACUUUUCUGAAUUUGUUGCACUUGUUGUGAACAAACACAAGUGUUGACCUAAAAUACAUUUUAAAAAUAGGUAAAUAAAUGCAUGUUAUAGCUGUAGUACAUUAAGGAAUACUUGGAUUACAUCACAGUUGAAUGUGAUAUGUUACUAAUGAUACUAAUGAUGGAGAACAACUGUGUCAAGCUUGCUGGGUCCAGGAGACUCAGGAAACUAUCAACACCAACGCCAGCUUCAGAUGGAAACAUAUAGCCAGUCUAAUGGCUAAUCUUUGCUGUAGCCUGUUCAGUGCGCUAUGCUGUGUCUGUUCAUAUUGUUUUUGUCAAAUUAAUUGGCAUUACCAAGCCCGGAUGAGAUUACUCAACUCUUCUCUAUUAAAGCAUAUCUGUAAGAAGUAUUCUCUAGCUGUAAGAAUCUAUAGACUCUUGAGUACCUUGUGGAACUUUAGCAGUCCUGUGCAUUUUAAAAACUGAAGUGAUCUUUCAUGCAUGGAAAAAUUUGUUUACAUAAUUACAGCUUGUGGGGAAAAGUCUAAAAGCACUAAAAUGUUUAUACAUUUGACCCAGUGUCUUAUUAUAGUAGUUUAAGAAUUGCUUUUAUUAAUAAUUCUAUUGUGUACAGUAAUUAGUCACUCCAAAUAUGAGUGAGCAAUUUAUCCAAGCAACAAAAAAAAAAGCUGUUUUGCUGUACACAUCCUUUUGACAGUAGAGGGAGAUGUUUGUAAUCUUUGUAAUAAAAGGAUAGUUUGUGUGCUGCUGAAUUCUUCAGAACAUAAAUUUUGACUUUAUUAAACACUGAACUGUUUCUUUAACAUGUUUCCCCCUUGUAUGAUUAUAAUCAACUUGUGUCUGUAUUUCUUGUUUCUGUGAAGAACAAGAAUAAAAGAUCAUGUAGGCUUUUCCCAUAA